CCGACUGUCCCCAGAGUGGGGAGGGAGGAAAGACGUGGAGCGGGUGCUGCAGGACCCCUAGGCUUCGCGCAGCUGAUGCUUGUCUCCAGCUUCCGGAGGCACAGCCUGUGGUCCUACGGAGCGUCCCGGUGCUUGCACACCUAGCUGAGACCGUGGUUGGUCCUCUCCGGCUAGUUUGAAGUCUCUGCGGCUCGAGGCUCUUGCGGUGGGGGAAAGGAGAGGCCGGUGUGGAGCUCUCGGGAGGUUGGGGCUGACUCAUCUAGAGUCCCCGACUCCCCUGUGAUUGCACUUGGAAACUUUCCGCUGUGUUUCAGUCUCUGUCUCUCUUGGGGAAGCUGGACGGCAGUUCAGCAGGCCAGGUCCCUGGCCAGGACCGCGCACUAGGGGCCAUGGAGUUCACGGCGUCGCCCAAGCCCCAGCUUUCCUCCAGGGCCAACGCCUUCUCCAUCGCCGCGCUGAUGUCGAGCGGCGGCUCCAAAGAGAAGGAAGCUACGGAGAACACUAUCAAACCACUGGAACAAUUUGUCGAGAAGUCGUCCUGCGCUCAGCCCCUGGGCGAGCUGACCAGCCUAGACGCUCACGGGGAGUUUGGUGGCAGCGUCGCGGGCAACAGCAGCCCAUCUUCCUCCUCUCUGUGCACUGAGCCGCUGAUCCCCACCACCCCCAUCAUCCCCAGCGAGGAAAUGGCCAAAAUUGCCUGCAGCCUGGAGACCAAGGAGCUCUGGGACAAAUUCCACGAGCUGGGCACGGAGAUGAUCAUCACCAAGUCUGGCAGGAGGAUGUUUCCUACCAUUCGUGUGUCCUUUUCCGGCGUGGAUUCUGAGGCCAAGUACAUAGUCCUGAUGGACAUCGUCCCUGUGGACAACAAGAGGUACCGCUAUGCCUACCACCGGUCCUCCUGGCUGGUGGCUGGCAAGGCAGACCCUCCGCUGCCAGCCAGGCUGUAUGUACAUCCAGACUCUCCUUUUACUGGUGAGCAGCUACUUAAACAGAUGGUGUCUUUUGAAAAGGUGAAACUCACCAACAAUGAACUGGAUCAACAUGGCCAUAUAAUUUUGAACUCAAUGCAUAAGUACCAGCCACGGGUGCACAUCAUUAAGAAGAAAGACCACACAGCCUCAUUACUUAAUCUGAAGUCUGAAGAAUUCAGAACAUUCAUCUUUCCAGAAACAGUUUUUACGGCGGUCACUGCCUACCAGAAUCAACUGAUAACCAAGCUGAAAAUAGAUAGUAAUCCUUUUGCCAAAGGAUUCCGGGACUCCUCCAGGCUCACUGACAUUGAGAGGGAAAGUGUGGAGAGCCUGAUUCAAAAGCAUUCCUAUGCCCGCUCACCCAUCCGUACCUAUGGAGGAGAAGAGGAUGUGCUGGGGGAUGACGUUCAGACAACACAAAAUCGAGGAUCAGCCUUUACAACAUCUGAUAAUUUGUCUCUCAGUUCCUGGGUAUCAUCUUCAUCCAGUUUUCCUGGAUUUCAGCACCCACAGUCCCUGACUGCUCUUGGCACCAGCACAGCAUCCAUAGCGACACCCAUUCCUCACCCUAUACAGGGCUCUCUGCCACCAUAUAGCCGACUUGGGAUGCCUCUAACCCCAUCGGCCAUUGCCAGCUCCAUGCAAGGGAGUGGCCCAACAUUCCCCUCAUUCCACAUGCCCCGGUAUCAUCACUACUUUCAGCAGGGGCCCUAUGCUGCUAUCCAAGGACUGCGCCACUCCUCUGCUGUGAUGACGCCAUUUGUAUGACUCUUCUAAAAAUAGGAAAAUCCAGAUCCAGAAUGUGCAAAUGGGUAUGGAAAUAUAAGACAGGGUUGGGUGGGUGGGAUGUGGGGUGUUGGAGCCGGGGCUCUCCAGGAGACAUGGGACCUAUUAGAGAGGAGAGCUGGACUCACAAUAAAACCAACCACUGAGGGAAAGCACCAUGGACCAGGAUUCAUCUGUAGUGGGGGACAUCUUUUGGCUUUGAGAGAGAAUCAGUGUAAAGUUCUUAGCCAGCCUAAGUCCUGCAACUGUUGGAUAUCAAUGUACCAAGAAAGUUUAAUAAUACAAGGCAGAUGAAUCUUAAGAUGCAUUAUUCCUAGUGGUUAAAAAUGCUGUGUCAAUGCAGUAAUGUAUAAAGUCAACAUGUAUAGGUUUUCUUUCUACUUUCC